AUGAAAAAGGCUGGUAUUUUUCAGCAGGAUUCCAACGAUAUUUGGCGCCAAUUGGCGCAAUCGAAAAUCUCGGCUCGAACACGUCGUCAAUACUCAGGAGCAGGGAGAGGACCACCAGCCGCGCCCACUGGACAAUGUUGUAGUUGCCAACAAGGCCCUCCUGGCCCUCCUGGUCCACGUGGUAAAGACGCACAACCAGGAAAAAAUGGUCUGCUUGGAAUGAACGGUCGCAAUGGUCGCAAUGGCCGUUAUGUGGCCGCCGAGAUCAAAACCGAACCAUCGUGCCAAAAGUGUCCCACAGCCCCACCGGGACCACCUGGCUAUCCCGGGCGAAAAGGACCACGUGGGCCUGCAGGAGCUCCUGGUAAAAGUGGAACGCCGGCAGUACCUGGUCGAAAUGGUCCACCAGGACCACAAGGUGUACGCGGACCUCCCGGCGAGAUUGGAAGCCAAGGACCUCCAGGCGACUCGGGAAAGGUGCUGUUUGGAGGACCACCUGGUCCACCCGGAAAAAUGGGCAAGUAUUAUGCCGAGUAA